AUGUCGAUGCAGCUAGCCAAGUCGGUAUACGGGGCCUUCAAUAGGGAGAAACCCCACUCUUCUAUCACUGAAUGGGUGGAGAUUCUCACGUCGUCCAGUUAUGAAGAUGAAGCCUAUGACGGGAUACCAGAUCCGACAGAGGCAUCCAGGGCUAUCAGGAAGAAGCUCAAGCAUGGUAAUGCGCACCAGCAGUACCGAGCAUUGGUCAUCUUGAAAGCAUUAGUUGAGAAUGGCGGCCACAACUUCCAGACAACCUUCGCCGAUCACCAGUUGACCGACGCUCUCAAAAUGCUUGCGACCGAGAGCACGUCAGACCCGAAAGUGAAGAAGAAAGUGGUCAUUGUGCUUAAUUCCUGGCAUCUUCAAUUCAAAGAUGAUCCAUCGAUGAGUCUUGUUGCUAACCUUUACAAGGUCUGUGGCGUGGCCGGCAUCCAGCGUGUCCCUCCGAAACAACCGUCUAUCGGCUAUGGCGCCGAUCUGGAGGAGGAGCGAGAACGUGCCAGGGAGCGUGAAAGGGAGAAGGAGGCUGAGCGAGAGGAGAGGGAGGCAGAAAGAAGGAGGAAGGAGCAGGACAAGCUGAAGGCAAAGGAAGAGAAGGUGCGAAGGAAAAGAGAGGAGGAAGAGAAGAGAAAGGCCGCUUCUCGGGGCAGCGGAAAGGUCAACGGAAAAGUCAAGAGAAAGCCGUUUGACUUCGAGCAGGCGCUCGCCAAGCUCGUGAACACCGAGCAUGACAGCAUACAAACCAACACGAGGGUGCAAGAGUGCCUUGAGAAAGCCAAGUUGUCAAGAAAGCAGAUUGUCAGGUACAUCCAGCUGGUUGAGAAUGAAGAAAUGAUAGGCACUCUGAUUGAGGCUAAUGACCGGAUCAUCGCAUCCAUCGAGUCUUACGAUACGCUCGCUCGACCGAAUAUCAGUGAACAAGACGUCAAGCAUGUACAAGAUGGUCUUGCAGCGCUUCAUAUCCAAGACUCUGAGCUCGGCAAGCUGCAGGAGAAGCAGCGUGCCGCAGUCCAGCGUUCAAUUGGUCGCAGCACCAGCUAUAGAGGGAAAGACAGGGAUGAGUCCGGUACUGCAGGACAGUCCAGCGUGUAUCCUGAUCUGCAAGAUCUCAGCUUUGGCUCUCUAGGUCAUGAGCAAGGAAAUCUCCCGCCGCCUCUCCGCCCGUCUACCCGUCGCACCUCAUCUGACGAGGACGACGAUUAUGGCCGAGGCACUCUCUCUGAUUACAGCGACUACGAAUCUUCUGAUGAGGGAACACACAACCGUGCUUCUACCUCUACCGCCCGCGCUUAUGCAGGGGUAUCUGAAGACGAAGAGGAUGCACGCAGGGAUCCGAAACAUGGCUUAUUAGUGGACACGGAAGAUCCAUUUGCAGACCCAUUUAUGGACCCUUGA